GCCAGGGCAGCUGCUCCUCAGCCAGCCGGGACACUGGGCCUGCGGAGAGACGGCCUGCAAGAGGGGCCAUUUCACCUGGAGCUGUUCUCUCAGCAGCGCAAGAUGCAGUUAUCUGCUACCCGCUCCACGAUUAGAACUGUUUCUUCGUCAUGGCAUGUGGACUGGACAGAUGCCACGUCCCUGUUAGUCUGGGAGGACUUCAGGGAAACAAGGAGGUUGCAGCAUGCACCCAGUUAGGUGAUGGGGAUCUUCUUGCACUGGUCUUUUCUUUCUGGAGCGCAUCCUGAUAUCCUUUGUCAUCCAGAGCUUUCCCCUCUGUUGCUAAGAAGAGUGAUGGUCGUGAUGAGGACUAAAUCCGGUUUCACUGCUUUGACAGAGAAAUUCAUCCAGAGGAGCGGCCCAGACAGAGGCACUGAUGAGCUGGCGCAAACCCUCAAUGACUACCUGUGUGACAUUUUGGAGGAGAUGCUGAUUUUUGGAGGAGACAUCUUUAAGUUUGCUGGGGAUGCUGUGCUGGUGCUGUGGAGAGCACCACCCCGGGAGCUGGCUAAGACCAUCAGCCUGGUGCUGCAAUGUAGCCGGCAGAUCCAGAGGAAGUAUGGGAAUCGUGACACGCGCGUGGGUCAGAAGGUCCGACUGAAGAUAGGGAUCUCUGCAGGGCCCAUGGACCUCCUGCUAGUCGGAGACAGGAGGCGGCAGUACUUCUUGAUCUGUGGCCAGGCCCUGGAUGAAGUUCGUGAGGCCGAAGAGCUUGCGAACGCAGGUGAAGUAAUCCUCUCGGCCACCUCCUGGGAGCUCUGUGAGCAGCACCGGCUCAGGACCAGGCGCCCUGCAGGCAAAAGAGCUGUGAAGGUUACAGGCAUGGAUCGGAUGUCUUGGUCAGAAUGCCAAGACGCUUUACGCAAGCUUGUGCAACACCCAAGGAGCCGCCGCUUGGAAGGGGAAGGUGCCAUGAGGCCCGCUCUUCCCCUGCCCAGCGGUCCUAAUGCGCACGACAUGCUUAGCAAGUACAUAUCAGAAGCUGCUCUCAGGAAGCUUGAUGACAGAGUGCCGCUGGAACUCUUCUCUGAGCUACGGCCAGUCACCAGCCUCUUCGUCCAACUGCAGUUGACUGCAGGUAUCAACACAGUGGCCAUCCACACCGCCGUCCACGAUGCCAGCAGGAUGAUGCUGGAAAUCCUCUGUCCUCACAAAGGCAAAAUCAACAAAAUCGUCCUGUUUGAUAAAGGCUGCGUGUUCCUCUGUGUGUUUGGCCUCGGCGGAGAAAAGCUGCCCUACGAGAGCAUUCACGCCUUGCAGAGUGCUAGUCAGAUCUUCAAUUCCUGCUCCAUGAUGCUCAUGGAAACAGAGGCGGUGUCUGUUGCAGUUACCAGUGGGACGGUGUUCUGCGGAGUCACCGGCCACCCUCUGAGGCAUGAAUACACAGUCAUUGGCCAGAAGGUGAAUUUGGCAGCCCGGAUGAUGGUGCACUACCCUGGGCUGGUGUCCUGUGAUGCAGUGACCUACGCCUCCUCUCGGCUGCCCCCUUACUACUUCAAGGAGCUGCCGGAGAGAAAGAUGAAAGGCCUCAGUCAUCCUGGCACUGUCUAUCAAUAUGUGGGGAUCACCAAGAAGAGCAUAUUUGGCAUGGGUCUUGCCAAGAAGAGGUCAGAGUACGCCCCCUUACUGGGUCGGGAGAAGGAGAUUGACCUCUUUGGCAGCUGCUUGAAAGCCUACGAGGACUUAGGACAAAGGCACAUCCUGGCAUUUGAGGGACGAUGGGCUCCGGAAAGAGCCACUUACUUACCGAACUGGCCUAUUUCGGCCAGGCUGCUGGCCACAGGCACAGAGAGAAAGAAAGAGCCCGAGCCCAAGCCCAAUGCUUUUCAUCUGACUCCAGACCCAACAGACAGCAGGGUGGCCUGUCUCGGAAGCCCUGCUUGCCCUCUGCCUGUUUCCCAGAAGGAGCACUGGGGCAGAAAAGCCUUCCUGUGGUCUGGGAAGCAGGCUGCUAAGGCCUGGAGCCCAAAGGCAAAGCCGCCACUUGCUCCAUCCUUGCCCCUUAGCCCCAUGAGUUCCUCUGCAGGGGGACGUAGCGAGACCUGGGCCGGCGCUGGGGAGACACAAGAGUCUGGACCCGGCUCUCCCGGUGGCUUGGCAGCAACUGCCCCUCUGUGCCCUUUCUCGUAUGAGGAGCGAAAAGCUUGGCCUCCUCUGGGAAGCACUUUGAGACGAGUGGCUGACAAGCCCCCCCCCCCCAAGGGCAUCUGCACCCCUUUUGUCUUAGAAGGCUUGGGCUGUUGGGGAUCUCAGUCCCCUUUGCUUUUGCACGGCAGGGUAGUUGCCAUGGAACUGCUAGAGGUCAACAUGAAGCAGUCCUUCUGUGCCAUCCGUACGCUGAUGGCCAGGGCCCUGGGCCUCCAGGACUGUGAACAGUGCGGUGCCAGGCAGCACACGCUGCAGACAGAGCUCCGAGGGACAAUUGAAGAGAGCAGCUUUUGCCUCCUCAAUGACAUUUUCCUUGUCGAGUUUCCCGUUUCGGACAAGGUUCGCGAGAUGCGUGGAAUUGAAAGAAAAAAGGAGUUGCACUCGACUUGGGCAAAAGUGCUAGAGAAGACCAUUGGAGGAGAAUUUGGCAUAUUCGUCAUUGACAAUGCCCAUUUCAUCGACCCUGCCUCCUGGAGUAUCAUGUCACCCCUGCUCCGAAAUGUCUCCUACUUCAUGGUCAUGAGCUUAGCGCCGGGCUACGCAAGAACAGAGGGCUUUUGCAAAGCUGCAGCAGACAACACAACGUCCCAGAAAAUCACCUAUCUUCGUCUGGAUGAGCUGAAACCUUCAGCUGCGGUGCAGACAGUCUGCCAGAACCUUAGAGUGGACAGCACAGAUCUAGCGAGGUUCCUGAUCCAAAGAAGCUCGGGGAUCCCGUAUUACUGCAAGGAGCUGCUGGGCUGCCUUCUUUGCAACGACAUGCUCUUGCUCCGCACCCGGAGGCGGGCUGAAAAAGCAGAGGACAACUGGGAGAGCCUGAUCAUUGAGGCUUCACCCCUCGCAGCAACCUCGAGCUCCAGCGCGGGGAAUGAUGGCAGGGUCUGCAUCAUCAGGCCAGACGUGAACCCGGAGAACACGGUGCUGCCCACCACCUUGAAAGAGAUUGCGCUGGCCCAGCUGGACCGGAUAAAGCCACUGAAGCAGACGGUUUUGAAGUUUGCAGCUGUCAUCGGGCCAGUGUUUACCACCCAGCUGCUGUCGCACAUCCUUCCUGAUGGCAUGAGGCACAAGAUGAAUUGCUUGUUGGACAUGCUGGUGAGCGACAACAUCCUUAAGUGGCUGAAAACCACAGAGGUGCCAGAAGAUGUCCGAGAUCCUACCAAGGGGCCAGGCACCUCUCGGCAGGCAGGGAGUGGUGUGGAGAGACCCUCUCCGAGCAAGAAGACCACGGAGCGGCAGUCUGGCGUGCUGGUCUUCUGUGUCCCACUGCCGCGGGAGGCUGCCUACGAGCUGUGGCCCGAGAGACAGUGGGUCGCCUUGCACCGCAAGUGCGCCGCCUUCCUGGAGCGGCACGCGCACAAAUGCAAGAGCUGCGGCCAAGGGGACUUUGUUGCCUUCCACCGCUUCACCGUCACCAGAACCUGGGAGGGAGGGAGCAGUCAGGGCCCUGCUGAGCAGGGUGACCCUCACAGCUGGGAGGCCUUGGUGCUCGCAGGAGAACAGCUGACCAUUUGCUAG